AUGGUUAAAAACCGUCACCCUCUUCCUCUCAUCCUGAAGCUCUUGGUACGUCUGCAGGAGGCUCGUUGGUUCACAAAGCUGGACCUGAGAGGGUCCUACAACUUCCUCGAAAUCCAGCAGGGGGACAAGUGGAAAACUGCUUUCCACACCAGGUACAGCCACUACGAGUAUCUUGUGAUGCCAUUUGGUGGCUGCAAUGUUCCAACCACCUUCCAACAUUUUAUAAAUGAUGUCCUGAGGGACUUGCUUGAUAAUUCUGUCGUGGCAUACCUGGAUGACAUCUUGACUUUUUCAACCACUCAAGAGGCUCACGUAGACUACAUGCAGGAAGUCUCAAGUGACUUGUGA